GAAGGAUUAAAAGUCAUCUGGCACGAUGAGCGCCCAGAUGUUAAAAUACAUGAAUCUGUCUACCCUUGGGAGUGGCUUGAGGGAGGAUCAAGUGGGUGUCCACCCUCGGCAUCCACCCCACAUCUUGCAGGAACGAGGUGGUCAAGAUUGCGGUUCUCACAAUGAAUCAAACUCACCAUUUUCAAAGCGUUUCCCCACUUGGAAAACAAUACUGGUCAUCGACGAUUGGGAAGUCGCCCCCUUCUGUGGACUAUGAAGCAGUUAUCGGCUCCGAAGAUGCUGUUUUGGAAUGGUUAGAAAAUGUCCACCGCUAUGGGUUUUGCCUUGUCAAUGGUGUCCCCGUAGAUCCAAAACUUACUGAGGAACUUAUCAGACGAAUCGCUUUUAUUCGGGAGACUCAUUAUGGUGGCUUUUGGGAGUUCAGCCCCGAUUUGGCACAUGGGGACACUGCAUAUACUAACAUGGCACUCAAAGCACACACCGACACCACUUACUUUACUGAUCCGUGCGGACUUCAAAUCUUCCACCUCCUAUCGCAUACAGAGGGAUCGGGUGGAGAAUCUCUGCUUGUUGAUGGGUUCCGCGCAGCCUCCAUCCUGCAGGAGAAGCAUCCCGAAGACUUCGAAAUCCUGAUGAGGACACGUGUCCCGACGCACGCUGUGGGUGAUGCGCUCUACAAAUAUACAGUGAUAGGGGAAGGCUACCCCAUCAUUACCACUCGGGGUGGGGAACCUUCCAUGAUUCGAUAUAAUAAUGACGACCGAAGCGUGAUCAAGCAUAUGGCACCUGAGGAUGUGGCACCUUGGUACGUGUAUCGUGCCCUUGCCAGUUGGGAUCGGGUUCUUUCGAGUCCUGACUCUGAAUACUGGUUUCAGUUGCAGCCGGGGACCGUUGUAGUCAUUGAUAACCAUAGAGUCCUUCAUGGACGAGCCGAAUUUACAGGGAAGAGACGAUUGUGCGGCGCGUAUGUUGGGAAAGAUGACUACUUGGCAAGGCUCUACGCCUUGCGCGAUCGAGCUGUCGCCAAGGAAGGAGAGUCCAGCGUCUGGGACCCGACACUUUAACGUAGACUACUUUAGGCUGAACCUCGAUACCAGACUAGGAGAGAUGCUGUUGGCACAUUACGGUCGAUUGGUAGUCCGAGAUUGUGUAUUUCCUCAACUUGGUCGAGGACAUGACCCAUGACUCAUAAGCAGCAGAUUGGCCUAAUGAAACGAUAGGCAGCCUUGACAUGUUGAUGGUAAAACUUUUCGUUUGCAAUUCCCCAUCCCUGUGUAUUCAAGCUGAAAAUAAAGAUAUUUGGAUGAU